AUCCGUACGCGGAGUUCGGUUUACGCGGCGGCCAGGCGAACAAGAAACGGUGCGAAGAGAAACGGACAAUGUUCGUUACAAAACGGUCGAACGUUGCCGUAGCACACGCACCGGCUGUUGGCAGUCAUCAGUCGAACGCCGUUCUCCCGCUUGUGCGCGUGCUCCACGCCCGGUUUGCCGAGUUCCCGCGCGGUGCCCGUGCGCUAUCAGUCCGUCGUCCGCAUUUGUUAUCCGUUCGUUUUUCGAAUUGUUUCUUUUCCCGUUCGGCACCGGACAUUUUCCGAUCCCAACCGCGAUAAUAAUACGUGCGUUGAAAAUAUUUCUAAAAAAUAUUAACACCCCCCCCCCUCGUAGCAGGUGUCCUAUCCGGUGUACGUGUUCCGUCCGCGGCCGUUUUACGAGAGUGUGUGCGCGCGCGCGCGUGUGUACGUGCGCGGUAGUGCGUCGUUCGAAUUUGGAUUUUCGCAUCGUAUUACCAUCAAUGUCAUCGUAUUCGUAUUGAAGGUUUCAUUCGAAAGCCGAUCGAUUGAAGCUCGUUAAAAAUUUAAGGCCGUGGUCAAUUGGAUGCGGCCCCUUAACCGCAUUCAGCCGGUCUGGGAACGAAUUCUCAACGUAAAUCCUUACGGACGAGCCUCGACGGUGCAGUUGGGGCGCGGCCUGGCAAACGAGUUCGAGAAACGGGUCACUGGGUCCUCGAGGAUAGAUAGUCACGGGAGAUAAAACGUGUUAUGACAAACGAUGUCCUUGCAGAUGCCGGUGACGGAAGACACGCCUCCCGACAUGUUGUCUGGGGCAAUGGAUCUAAAUGUGAUUCUACCUAACGGUUCCGUGAUCAAGAUGAGUGUCGAGAGAAGCACGCCAAUGAUGGACUUGCUUGUACAAAUCACUACUGCCCACAAACUAUCGCCUGGUAAUCAUGCAAUACAUGCUAUUGGUGACCGUGGAAUUCUACCAUAUAAACCUAGCACUCCUAUUGGUGCCCUUGAUACAUGGACAGUGAACAUCGUUCCUAAAAACUUGAAUAAGAACGGCAGGUAUCAAAGCCAGUCAUCUAUUAUCAAAUGCAUAACGAAACCAUUCGAACAAACUUUUCGCCUUCAGGUACAUUUACCGAGAAAUCAACUUUACGUAACCCGAAUUAGUCCAAAAACGCAACUAAACAAUAUUUUAAAACAAAUAUGUUUUGAGAAAAACCUUGAUCCGAACAAGUACACCUUAAGAAAACCAGACAAAUUGAAUGAGCCAUUGAACUUAAGUAAAUCAUUAGUUGAAUAUAAACUACAGCAGUUAUCUUUAGUGUUGAACACUAAUCGCACUCUCAUCGGUGGUUUAUCUUCGGAUGACAUAAUGUCCCGGACACCUAAAAAAUUUUCGUGCGAUGAUAGUUUGAGCAGUGGUAGCUUGGGCGGUAGAAGUUUAAGUCCUACAAGAUCCGAUGAAUCGUCAGACACGCCACGCCGCUCAUUAAUGGUCAAAGUAUUGCCGUCCAGACCAGUACGCAAAAGAAGACUAGCUCCAAAACCACCAUCGCAACAACGAAAUGCUCCAGAACCGACGAUAAUUUCUCAUUCCCGAAACAGUUCUGACAGUAGUGGAUACCACGAAUCGUCAGUGCUUAGUGAUGCUGUUGACUGCAGUGUUGGGAUAACGAGGCCGGAGAAGUUUACUUCUACCAAAACGUCUGGCCCGAGUAUAUCGCGUUCAAUGACCAAUCUCCAAGCUUGCGGACAAAAGCAAAACCAGUUCUCCGAAAUACCUUUUAUGUCUAACAACAUAGGUCAAUCAAAACAUUCGGUAUCUACUACGUCACUUAUUUCUAUUCAAAGUCGUAAAAAGAAAUCUGCACCUCUUCCACCACUAGCAAAUAAACCUAAGCUAGCACCACCACAAGAAGAACCUGAAUAUGAACAAGAAACACAGCGAAAAUCACAAACACUGCCUGUCACUACAAAAACAUUUAUAACAGAAGCGAAAGAAAAAUCAAAAACUGUUUCCAGAAUAGAAAUGAACAAUAAUGUAGUUGAACCUAAUCUAUCCCCAGCAACAUCCUCAUUGUCAUCACUUAGUCGAUCCGAUGUAGAUAGAGAUUUGAAUGAACCCACAUCUCCCACAUCCUCAAUUGUAGUAGGUUGUAAAUACUUGUCAAAAUUGGAAUUGAAAUCGAAAAGACCAGCACCCAAACCACCUGUGCGAUCUUCAACAAUAAAACGACCAGAGGCGUCCAAUCAACCUACCAAUUUGACCAUUGUACCUCGAUUGUCUUCAGGUUCUACAGCUGACGAAGAUGAACUGCGUAUGGAUGACGAUGAAAUUGAUCGCAUUUUCGGAGAUGCAACCAGUGGUUACGAUACGCCAUCCAUCGUUACUGUAAAAGAAAACCACACAGACGUCCCAGAUAUAGAUUGGGAGUAUAAAUUACCAGAUCCUCCAUCGGCAUUUAGAGAUGAUGAUCAUUCGCCUACGGUAACGAUGUUCGAUACAGUGACCAUUGGUAAUCUGAAAGAUGUCGUACUUCAAGAAGAACCGAAUGUAAAUAGUUCUUCAGAAGUGAAGGAAGAUUGCAUUACUGUAGAAGAGUCUGUCAAGAAAAUAAUUGGAGACGAGUACCAUUGUUUUCCACAAGAUUCUGGAGUAGGUUCAGACGAUUCGUCGUUGCCAUCUAGUUGUGAAGAGAAGAUACACUCGGAAGAGAAACCCGUAAAAAUAGUUGAUCCCAAAGAAUCUAAAUUAAAUAAUUUUAAAAUCGUUGCUUACGACGAAGACUGUUCUAGACCCAAAGAAAUAUUUUGUGACGAAUCUGUCAAAACAUGGAAGACGACACAAAUAGCCCGAGAAUCAAACCCCGCUUACAAAUCGUAUACAUCGAACUUGGUUAAUAGACACAAAUCAUUCAGUACGGAUAGAACUAACUUUUCUAUCACGGUCAAGCGGAGUACGUCUCAUAUAAGUCUUUUAAGUGGUAAUAUCAAACCAUCAAAUCGAUUGGCUAAGCAUUAUAUUGGACGAACUUACUCUACCGAACGACUGAAUUAUGAUGAAGAUUCUAUAGUAAAAAGAUCGUUUAGCGUGGACAACAUAACAGAAGAUGCACAAGAAAGUAGUCAAGACUGCGAGCAAGAGAUAAUACCAAAAAAAAUUGAACCCACACUAGAACAAUCUUCUCCCUUACAUUCCCUUCAGAUUUUAAAAACGAUUCUCCCUCAAAUCGAAGAUCACAAAACCAAAGAAAACUGCGAGAAUAAAAAUUCAAGUUUCGACGACGUUUCCGGAGCACCUAGUACAUUGGAAACGGAAUCAGCGAAAACCUGCGACGGAAAUCAGCUCGGAGAAAAUGCAUUCCAAACGUAUGCGUCGGAACCGAUCUUAGAUGCAAUCGAGCACAAAAACUUAAGCUCGCAGACGCCGUUAACUGUCACAUAUCGACAGGAUGAUCACAAAACGACAGCUGCCACGGAAUUGCCCGUAAGAUCCGCCGAGUCCGAGAACAGUCAUCACGAAGCACCUUCCAAGUCGAACCCGCAACACGAACCGCUCGCCGGUGAUAGACCGGACGGCAGCCGAGCGCUGCCCAGCGCAAACGAUAAGUCCAAGAGGUACCUGUACACGGGCCCGCCGAAAAUCAGUCUGUCCACGUGGAACGAACGUCCCAAACGGCAGGUGAGCAUCAAAACCGACCGAGACUACGUGAUUGGCAUCAGGCAAAGGUUCCAGCAGAAGGCGGAGGACGCGGAGACGAAGCCGGACGACGGGCCCGUGUCCCGGGUUCCGAUCGUCAAGUCGGUCGAACUGAAAAAACCAUACGCCGAACAGCUGCAAGCGACCAGCCCUGUGCUGGCUCUGUCCGAAGCGAUCAAAGCCCAAGCCAAGCUCAGCAACGGUUACGGUUACCGUAGCGGUACGAUCGCGUUGACGGGCGGCAGCGACGAGAAUGCGAAACCGCCUGCGAAGAAGGAUUACGGCAGCAGGCCGUACGCUUUCAGCAAGUUAAUGAACCGGCCUAGGAAACCCAGGGAGUUCUCGGCGAACGUGGACCCCAGGGAAACCCUGCUCGAAUCGAUCAGGUCGUUCGGCGGGAGGGACAACUUGAGGAAAAUCAGAGCCUAACACCGCCUCCACCAGUUCACCAUCAUUCUAAAAACGCACUAUUAUUGUUCAACCUAAUCGUUGUCGGCCACUCGUGUUGAAAACGUACCCGCUGUAAACGAGUCCCGUGAAAGUUGUUUCUUUUUGUUUCGCAUCGAAGACGGGUUGGAAGUACAUAUGUGACGUUCGCACAAUAAAUGUUUUGCUGCUGUGUGCACUGCGAUCGGUACGGUUAUCGUUUAAACUAUUGGCGAACACGGUCCGAAUUGCGGCAGGUUACCUCCAGGCACACGACUUGCGGAGACCUCUCGACGAUCGAAGUCGGCUAUAAAAUCGUGCGUUUGAUCUUAACACUUGUUGUUUUUUUUUUUUUUUUUUU